AUGGCUGAGGGAGACCCAGGGACCGACCAGAGGCAGAAUGAGGAAAUUGAAGCAAUGGCAGCUAUAUAUGGCGAUGAAUGGUGUGUCGUUGAUGACUGUGCCAAAAUAUUUUGUAUUAGAGUUAAUGACACUACAAAAAAUCCCAAAUGGACACUUUGCUUGCAGGUGCUGCUACCGAAUGAAUACCCAAGUACAGCUCCACCCAUUUAUCAACUGAAUGCUCCUUGGCUUAGAGGGCAAGAACGUAUGGAUUUAUCCAAUAGCCUUGAGGAAAUAUAUAUACAGAAUAUUGGUGAAAGUAUUCUUUACCUGUGGGUGGAGAAAGUAAGAGAUUUUCUAAUACAGAAAUCUCAGAUGACAGAACCAGACCCAGAAAUAAAGAAGAAAACUGAAGAGGAAGACGUUGAAUGUGAAGAUGAUCUCACUGUAGCAUGUGAAUCAGAAAGUCCAGUUAAAGAAUUGGAUACUGAGAUCACUGAAAAUAAAACAGAGGUAAAAACAGAAGAAUUACCACCGAUUGAUCAUGGCAUUCCCAUUACAGACCGAAGAAGUACUUUUCAGGCCCACUUAGCUCCAGUAGUUUGUCUCCAACAGGUGAAAAUGGUUCUUUCCAAAUUGUAUGAGAAUAAGAAAAUAGCUAAUGCCACCCACAACAUAUAUGCAUACAGAAUAUAUUGUGAAGAUAAACAGACCUUCUUACAGGACUGUGAGGAUGAUGGGGAGACAGCAGCUGGUGGGCGUCUUCUCCACCUCAUGGAGAUUUUGAAUGUGAGAAAUGUCUUGGUGAUAGUAUCACGCUGGUAUGGAGGUAUUCUGAUAGGACCAGAUCGCUUUAAACAUAUCAACAAUUGUGCUAGAAACAUACUCCUGGAGAAGAACUAUAUAACUUUACCGGAGGAAUCAUCUAAGGCUGUGGGAAAGAACAAAAAAGUAAAAAAAGACAAGAAGAGGAGUGAACACUAA